AUGUACUCUCGUGUUCUCGCUAUCGCCGCUAUUGUCACUAUGGCCUUGGCCGUCCAAGCUGCUAACAGCACUGCCAACAGCACUGCUCCCUUCGGCAACUCUACUUCUGCCCAAGCCAACAGCUCAAAUGGCACCAACGGUACCAACGGUACUUCUGGUGGUUCUGGCUCCGCUUCUGACUCCAGCUCCAGCGCUGCCUCUCUUACCAACUUCAGCUCUGGUGCCUUCGUUAUCGCCAUGAUUGCUGUUGCUUGCUCCGUCAUGUCUCUUUAA